UAGUCAGUGGUGGAACUUGCAAAUUUGAAGAUGUCUGUGUCUGUGCUAUAUGAUUUGAGUGCUUGUUCAGCAAUUUAGAGGGCAGUACGGGUAACAUGAUAGUUGGUAUUAAGCUACGAGGCGUAGCUUGGCGGUUGCACUCGAGCACACUUACUGUAUGUUAUGUUGGCCAGAUCAUAUUUGCAAAUUAUCGCUGGACAAUUAAAACUAACUGAAAAUAUACGUCUGAGUAUUUUAACACAAAUAUUACCACAUGGAACAAAAGUUAAAUCUGUAAAAAAUUUUCCCAUUUCCAUUUACUUCAUGAUUUGUUACAAAACACAUAUAUGUAGACGUAACCGGAGAGUAGCUUGAGGGGGCCACAACACUAGUCACAAAAUUUAUUUUAUUUGCAUGCUUUUCUCCUUAUAGGGUAAUACGGAGUAAACAAUUACUCCGCGUACAAUUACAUAAUCAAAUUAAAUGGAACAUAGGAAAAUACAAAUUUUUGUGGUGAUUUCUUCAAGAAUGCGCCCACAGAUCCGAGCUUAUUGGCAGCGGUGGAUUUUUAUUGUAUAUAUGCGUGUGUGCAGUUAUCCGCAUAUUCAUUACUCCUUCGUUUUCUUUAUGAUCUUAUUACCGACCAGUCGAUCGCGAGCUAUUUUGAAGAUUUUAGUCGAUUCGGGUCGAAAGAAGGUUGGCCACCUCUGCUAUAUAUGUACGAACAGUUUAGUAUUCCGAGGUAGGUAAAAUGUCAAAGUGAAAUUUCACAGAAAUCGAGAAUUCUCCGCAAAAUUUGCGUAUCUUUGAAGACAUAAAUAGUAAUUUUGAUCACCCUAUUUGAUAAUUGAUAUAUCUGAAUAUACAUGAAUAUAUAUAUAUAUAAUAUGUAUUUGAGAUCGUAUGUUAUAUUUCAUAGCGGCAUGUAAAAAGGGUUUGCUGACCAAUAUUACACAAAAUGUGAAAAUUGAAUUGUUCGUGCAACAUUGGGUGAUUGCCAUGCCCAUAAGGUAUUUGUAAAAUCAAAUGAGAAUUUACAUUUUACACAGAUUUUGAAUCGACGUAAUUAUGCAUUUUAGCAUAAUUUCACCCGUAUUUUUGUUAAACGGUGUAUGGCCGUUUUAAUAUAUAUUUCCCGUACAUAUUCCAAAUACCAAAGAUAAAAAGCGACGUGACCACGCAUCCCACAAAAACUAUCCGCUAUUUACCUUCAAAAUGUAUUCUACGGAAUCUUGCUGAAAUGUUUACACCUCUACACAGAUAUGUUGCGAAAUGAACUGAAUAUCACAGUUCAAACAGCUGUCGAAGAUUGUAGGCCUGUUUGUCUUGCCCAAUUCCUGCGUCGUCAUCAAGCCUACGACGUUGUCGGUAGAAAUAACUCUUCUGUAAGUGACAGAUAUCUUCAAUAAUAGAUAUAGAACAGAACAAGCUAAGUUGUAUAUUACUAACAGGAUUAGAAAAUCAUUACCCAAAUGUAAAUCAUUGUUAUAUUGCCAUAACAGGAGCGAUUUAACUUCGGUAAGCGCGCGGAAAUCGAUAUCGACGAUGUUAUAUGGUCUUUGACUAAGUGUAGUCUUUUGUGGAAUUAAAACGUCAAUUACUAGCAGAUGGGCAGAGACUUAAUAUAUAACUGAUACGAGUACUGAGCUUAAGGAGAGCAUAUAGAAGAUAUAUGGCAGCAUGAGCUGUACCGAAUUUCGGUCGGUUUAGUAGAAUGUGCUCUAAAUUACGUAUCUAAAUGACUACAAACGGUUUCCCGGUUGAAGGUUGUUAAAUAAGCGUUCAUUAUGCCUAUAUUGUUUUUGUGGUUUUCCACGUCGGUGGUUUUCAACAAAUUUUGAGAAUACACAUUGACUCGCUUUUUGUGUAUGGUUGCUUUGCCGACAUAGGAAUGGUAGUAUAAAUUACAUAGCAGCAGUUAAACAUUGCUGCGUUGUAAGGUACCAAAUCGGAUAAUGUUAUCGACAAUUUUGCGAAAGUGAUGUGGUUACGAAAACUUUAGUAAGCUUUUAAAGCAUCAAUUGAAUUUCGAUUCCCAACUUUAAUGUCGGUUAUUUUGAUUGCGGGGAAGUUGAAAAUCCAAUACAUCUUCGUGUGCAACCUCCACUCCCAUUAUCAGCAAAAUUGCUAAAAUUUGACCCCCAAAUACCUUCGAUAUAUAUAUUUUCUAGAGAGUUUGGUAUUUUUAGACACUAAGUGUAAUUGAAGCCGAUAGAAGGCUAUAACUUUAAUUUUUUUUUUUAAUUUACUCGGAGUCGAAAAAUGCCAACUUGAAAAGAAAAAUGGUCUUUGAAGCAAAGUUGAGUCUGAACUGAGAAUUCUUCUUUUUACGGGACUUAGGUUGAGAGUCGUGUCUUCCAAAAUAAUUUGCACAAAACUGCUAAGCAAAAUUAGUUGAUCUAUAUUCGAAUCUUCAUUCUUUAUCGGAUUAAAUGUAAUUAGUUUCAGAUUUUUGGCAUUAUUGCUUUUAUAAAGUUUGAAUGACUGAGACAAAUUCUCAGUGGAGAUGGGUCGUCUUAGUUGCAUGCUUUAUAUCAACUGUAGGAAACUCAGUGUUUUUCUACGCAUUCGGCACAUUUGUUCUGUAUUGGAUUGACGCUUUUUCUGCAACAACGGCUUCUGUAGCAGCCGUCGCUAGUUCUGGAUCAGCAAUAGCGGCAAUGGCAUGUCCUUUCGGUUGCUUUAUUGUUGAUAAAUGGGGAUACAGAUGGACUCAUGUUCUCGGGGGAAUCAUGAUGAUGAUGUCAUUUGCAGCUUCUUCCUUAGCCCAAACAUUAUCUCAACUGUUUUUUACGUACAGUGCCUUAGGAGGUUUGGGAUGUUGCUUCUGCAUGGUUUCAUACGUAAAUGCUGUGAGUGAGCAUUUUCAUGAUCAAAGACCACUUGCUUUUGCAUUGGUAACGAGUGCCUAUGGACUUGGAAGCUUUAUAUUCCCCCUGUAUUUUGAAAUGCUCAUCGCAGAAUACAAUUGGAGGGGGGCCAUGUUAAUCACUUCAGGUUUCUUUGGUAACAUGAUUGCAUGUGGCUUAUUACUCUAUCCUGUUAGGGCGUCACCUCCCUUUCCAAUUCUCCGGUGUUGGAAGCUGAAAAGCAAAAAUUCAAAUACACAAAGAAAAAGUCUGGCACCCCUAAUUUCGGAACAUGGAACGGACUGUUAUGAAGCCAAAAUAACGUCGUCGGAAGACAACAUUUCUUUUGGCGGAAAUGUACAACCAAAUGAAAAACUUGUCAUAACUUCGAAGGACGAAAACGAUAAUUUUAAUUUUGACAAGGCAAGUUCAGAAAAAUUAUCUGAUGACGAAUGUUAUGAACUCGGCAAAAACGAAUUAACAUUUUUUCAAAUUGCAAAGAUAUUAUUCAGCGGCUGUACAUUUUAUAUAGUCAUUGCACAUAAUACUAUUUUAUACAUGGGAUAUUUCAUUGUACUCGGCUUGACAACAGCAAGAGCAUCUUACGAUUUAAACUUCACCGAGGAACAAGCUGCACAGGUAGUUUCAACGUUUGGCAUCAAUGCAAUAUUUCGGAUAUUGCUAGGUCUUCUAUCAAAAUGGAAGUUCGUAAAAUCGUAUUAUGUGUAUUUUUCAUGCUUCGCAAUUGCUGGAGUCCUAACGUUACUUUCUGUGUUUGCCAAAUCGUUCGCUAUGCAAAUUGCUUACGGUGUCUGUUGUGGUGCUCUCUUUGCCGCCAUAACACAUUAUCAAGUGCUUGUACAUGAAAUUUAUGGUGCCAAAUUCUUCAAUGUUGCAUUCGGUUUUCUUGAAUUGAUGCAUGGGGUCGGUAUUGUAACCGGACCAAUAAUUGGAGGAAUUCUCAUCGAUGUGACAGGAUCCAGUGUCUGGACUUUUAUAUUUGCCGGAUCAACAAUACUCUUGGCUACGUUCCUUUUGCCCAUUGGUUUUGCUUUAACUGGACAAAUUAAAAAGUUGAAUUUUUAAAUAAGCUUUAUAUUUUUUACUCCAAAUAAGUACUCAAUUCUCAUUUGAUUGACAACAACAAUUCUAUAAAAUGGAAUUGCUGCGAUUUAUAAGGUAGUUUUGUUUAUCUUUUUACUUUUUCAGUCACAUGGUUUGCCAUCUGACUUCUAAAUGUAAAGACUCUCCAAUAUCUGCCAUUCCAUCUGAUUUCAACUAGAACAUUUCGAUAACUAUAUUUCUUUUAUUUCUUUUUUCUUUUCAAACAUUGUUCACUGCUAAAUAUAAUAAAAUGCACUUAAUAAAAUGUGUUUAAAUAUAGAAAACUUAGGAUUUUAUGCUUUAAAUAUCUUGUUAAAUAUACAAAUGCUUGAAAUUCUCUUAUGGCGAUUUAUGGGUAUCUUAAUCAGUGAUGGGAUUUGAAAUGUUAAGAAAGGUUCUCUUUUUUUUA